AUGACACGAGCUCAACAAACCAUCUCAAUUGGACUUUUGGUCACCUCUCUCUAUCUUGCUCUUUAUCUGGAACUCAUCCCACUUCCAAGUCUUAUUUCAAACGACAUAAUACCAGUCCUGCCAUUCUGGGCCCUCGUAUCCUUCGGUGCCUACCUGCUCUUCAAACUCGGAUACGGCGUUUUCACGUUCAACGAUGUACCAAAGGCACAUGCAGAACUUAUGAAGGAGAUUGAUCUGGCACGGGCAGACUUGAGGACAAAGGGUGUGGAUGUUGACUAG